AUGGAGAAGAGCAAGAAGUCAGGCUCGGGCAGGGGUUACAUUUCUUGGAAUGACGACAUGGACAAGGCUCUUCUUGACACAUUUGUGGAGUACUAUAACAAGGGUGACAGAUGCCAGAAUGGGUGGAAGUCUCAUGUCUAUACAGCUGCUAUCAAGAAUGUCCGAGAAAAGUGUAAUGUGGAUAUCUCAAAAGACAACAUCAUGGCGAGGAACAAGACCUUUGACAAACACUACACUAUCAUCAAUGGUAUGCUGGAAUCAAGUGGAUUUGGUUGGGAUUGGAACAAAAACAAAAUAUCUGUUGAUAGUGAUUCUGUAUGGGAAGAGUAUGUGGAAAAAAACAAAGAAGCUUCUGGGUAUAGGCACAAGACUGUCUUGUACUGGGACUCAAUUAGCUUGGUGUUUGGCAAAGACCAUGCUACCGGUGAAACGGCAAGGACUGCAGCUGAGAGCUCAAAAGACAUGAGUAAGGAAGAUCUUAGUAACAAAGAGCCCACAUCAUCGGCAACUUCAGGAAGUUUAAAGAGGCAACAGUCAGGCGACUCUUUUACCUCUAUGAUGGCUGAAAAACUGGACAAGUUCGCUGAAGCACUAAAGGAGGAAGCUCCUAAAGGACCAACAUCAAAAGAAAUUCUAGACACACUGAAUGAAGUACAAGGAUUGGAUGAAGACACUUUGUUGGACCUAUUUGAUAUCCUGACCGGUGAUGCACGCAAGUACGAGUCUCUGUUGGCGCUUCCAGAGAGGAUGAGGAAGAGGUGGCUUCUAAAACAGCUCAACAAGUGAAGAAACUAGUUCAUCUAUAUCAAGUGAUGGAUAAUAUCUAUUGAACUUGUAA